UGUGAUUGAUUUGAUUGCGUGUACUUUUGGAGAAUGUCAAUUAAUAUAAAACCGGCGUUGGGCAAGAUGAGGCUUAGUGGUGUAUUUUUACUAUAUUUAGUGACUUUGUGUAAUAGUAACAAUGUAGAUACUGUCUCCAGUGAUAUUAAAUUAAAAAAUGUAGACCGUAUAAUUGAUUGCACAUCACAACUGGUAAAGGUGACUGGAAAAUUAACCUUAGAGAACACUGGAAAUUCGCCGAUAAAGAAUUUCUUAUUGGCCAUAGAAAGUGCAGCAAUUGAUAACUUAGCUUUUGUUGGAGUUAAAGAUAGCAACAACAAGGAUCUUCGUUUAAUCGAUACAACUGUAAAAGGGUACAAUUACGUCAAAUUCUUGCGAGUUGAACUCAAAGACGCCAUCAAUGCGGGUUCAUCGGCUGUUGUUGUAGCCGAGUUUGUUUAUACUAAGGCACUCAUACCGUAUCCCACUGCUAUCAGUCAACAGGAAGAACAACUUGUAAAAUACAAUGGUAAUCUGUACUUCUUCUCACCAUACUAUGUUACAUCUCAAAAGACUAAUGUAAUUUUGAAUACAAAGAAUGUUGAAUCCUUUACUAAGGUAAAACCAUUUAGCCAGGUCGAAGGUACACUAGUCUAUGGUGCAUAUUCUAACAUAGGUCCAUUCACUGAGAAAGAAUUAUCUGUUCACUUUAAAAAUAAUUCACCAUUCUUAACUGUAGUCCGAAUUGAACGUCUCAUUGAAGUAUCACAUUGGGGUAAUAUUGCUGUGGAAGAAAAAAUUGAGAUUGAACACACUGGAGCCAAACUUAAAGGACCAUUUUCUCGCUAUGACUAUCAACAAGACCAUCGCAGUGGCCCAGCCAGUGUACGCUCAUAUAAAACACUGCUGCCUGCGUCUGCUGCUGAUGUCUACUACCGUGACACAAAUGGAAAUAUCUCUACUUCAAACAUGAAAGUGAAAAAGGACUCAGUGGAGUUGGACUUGAGACCACGCUACCCUCUCUUUGGUGGAUGGAGGACACAUUAUACACUUGGCUAUAAUGUUCCUAGUUAUGAGUACUUGUACCAUUCUGGCAAUGAAUAUUUGUUAAAAAUGAGAGUUAUCGAUCACAUAUUUGAUGAUAUGCAAGUAGAUGAGCUAGUCACAAAAGUAAUAUUGCCUGAGGGUGUUCACAAUAUCAAAGUAAACUUCCCAUUUGCUGUCACUAGGAUUCCCGAUAGUGUUCAUUACACAUACUUGGAUACACAGGGCCGUCCUGUCAUAUCAUUUAAGAAGAGGAAUGUUGUUGAAAAUCACAUACAGGAUUUCCAACUUCGAUACACAUUCCCAAAUAUCUUUAUGUUCCGGGAACCGUUGUUAGUUGUUGGUUCUAUUUAUGCUUUAUUCCUCCUUGUUAUUGUCUAUGUUAGAUUAGAUUUUUCUAUUCACAAACCAGAACACCCACAUAAAGAUUAAUAUAUUUUAGUGAAGUUUAAUGUGAAAUGAUUGGAUGUGUGUGUGUUCAUGUAAAUCAAUUGCAUAAAAUUUUCAAUAAAUUAUUAAGUUAAAUAAAUAUAUAAGAAAAA